AAUCGUUUCAUGAUUCAUGCUUUUUAGGAUGAACAUUGAAUAAAUUUUCAUAUAAAAGAAAUUCUCAGGAAGAAACUUGCAAUAAAUAUCAAAACAUUUGAAAAUUGAAGCACUUAAUUAUUUUAUUUCAAAGGCGGCGCCGCAAAAUAUUGUAAACUUCCUUUUGAAACAAGCACGAUCGUGGUGAGCCACCAUGACGAACCCCAAGGGAUACAGGCGGGGUACCCGCUAUAUGUUUGCCAAGCCCUUCAGGAAACAUGGAGUUGAACACCUUUCCACCUACAUGAAGGUCUACAGGGUCGGUGACAUUGUUGACAUCAAGGGUAAUGGAGCGAUCCACAAGGGUAUGCCACACAAGUGCUACCAUGGCAAGACCGGCCGUGUGUACAACGUGACCCCCCACGCCGUCGGCGUGAUCGUCAACAAGAAGGUGCGCGGCCGCUACAUCGAGAAGCGCAUCAACCUGCGCAUCGAGCACGUCAAGCACAGCAAAUGCCGUGAGGACUUCCUUAACCGUGUGAAGAACAACGCUAAGCUCCGUGCGGAAGCCAAAGUCAACAAGACCAGCGUCAGCCUGAAGCGGCUGCCCAAGCCCCCGCGUGAAGCGCACGUCGUGAAGACGGCCGACACCACCAUCCAGGACGUCCGACCCAAGCCCUACGAGUUCAUCAUCUAAGUGCUGUCACUAUUACACGAAAAUAUACGUCGGUGAGCCA